AUGGCAACCUGGCAUGUUCCACUAACAGCAGAAGCUCUGCUAAAUGGAUGUAGAAGUGCGGAGGAGCUGGAGCAAAUUCAAGCUCACAUGUUGAAGACGGGCCUAGUCUUGAACACUUUCAAGUGGAACACUCUGAUUAGAAGAUAUGCCAACAGCAACGAACCAGAGGCGGCCUUGAUUCUGUACACCCAGAUGCAGACUCAGUCAGUUCCACGUAAUACUCACACCUUUCCUUUCUUGCUCAAAGCUUGCUCGAAUCUGUCAGCUUUUGAAGAGACCAGACAAAUUCACGGUCAGGUCAUAAAAUUAGGGUUUGGCUCCCAAGUUCAUGCCACCAAUGCUAUUCUUCAUGCAUACACUAGCUCUGGUGGUGUAAACUAUGGACGCCAUCUCUUUAACCUGUCAACAAACCUACAUGACACUGUUACUUGGAACACGAUGAUAAAUGGGUACAUGAAAUGUGGGGAGAUUAAGAAAGCAACUGAGCUUUUCAAAAUGAUGCCGACAAAGAAUGCAAUUUCCUGGACUGUAAUGGUUUCGGGGUAUGUUCAGGCAGGGUUUGACAUUGAAGCUUUGGAAGUGUUUCAAAAAAUGCAGGCUGCAGACAUGAAACUCGAUAGUCUCGUACUGACCAGUGCACUUUCUGCUUGCUCUCACCUUGGAGCCUUGGAUCAGGGGAGAUGGAUUCAUGAACAUAUCAACAGAAGUGGGAUGAAGAUAGAUUCAAUGCUAGGGUGUGCUCUGAUAGACAUGUAUGCAAAGUGUGGCAAUAUGGGAAAAGCUCUUGAGAUUUUUGAGAAGGUAGGGAACAAAAGUGUUCAUGCAUGGACUGCAAUGAUUUUUGGGUGUGCUAUCCAUGGGCAAGGAAGAGAAGCACUUUCUUGGUUUAAGAAAAUGAAAGCAGAAGGAAUCACGCCAAACCAAGUCACAUUUACAGCUAUUCUGACUGCUUGCAGUAAUGCAGGAAUGGUUGAGGAGGCGAAAUCGAUGUUCAAAAGCAUAAUAAAGAACGGUCAUGAAGGUCACACCUCGAGUCCAACAAUCGAGCACUAUGGAUGCAUGGUUGAUGUACUGGGCCGAGCCGGAUUGUUGAUAGAAGCUAUAGAUCUCAUCAAGAGAAUGCCUGUUGAACCAAAUGCAAUCAUUUGGGGGUCACUGCUUAAAGCCUGCAAGAUACAUGGAAAUCUAGAGUUAGGUAAGGAAAUAGGGAAACUCGUAAUUGAGAUGAACCCUGAUCAUGGUGGAAGGUAUAUUCACUUGGCAAACAUACAUGCUGCUGCAAGGGAAUGGGAGCUGGCAGCUGAAACAAGAAGGAAGAUGAAAGCAGGUGGAGUGUCAAAAUUACCAGGAUGCAGCACAAUCAGUGUGAAUGGGAUUGUUCAUGAAUUUGUGGCUGGUGAUAGAAACCAUCCAGAAGCAGAUGCAAUUUCCAGCAUAUGGCACCAGAUAGCUGAUCGGCUGAAGCAAGAAGGCUAUAAACCUGUGACAACAGGGCUAUUGCUAGAUCUUGAAGACAAUGAGAAAGAAACUGCUAUUAGUCAGCACAGUGAGAAGCUGGCUACUGCAUUUGCCCUUAUUCAUACUAAACCAGGGACAGGAAUUCGGAUUUUCAAGAAUCUUAGGGUGUGUGAGGAUUGUCAUGCUGUGAUGAAACUUAUUUCCAAGAUAUAUAACAGGGAGAUUGUCAUGCGGGACAGAACCCGUUUCCACUGUUUCAGAGAUGGAAAAUGUUCUUGUGCUGAUUAUUGGUGA